AUUCAUCACAUCUGCUGUUGAUAGAAAUUUAAACAACGACUCGACCAGACGUGAGGAAAUAAACAGUGUCGCAGGUUUAUCUCAACAUGACAUCUCGCGUUGGCCCUCGAGCUGCUGGUACUAAUGGCAGUGACUUCAAACACAAAGAGAGGGUGGUCCCACAUUACCAGAUGAGUGCUUCCCUGAAGUCUGAGGUGCGGAAGUUGAACUUGGUCCACCUUCUGAUCUGGCUGCUGGUGGCUGCACAGAUGGCUGUCAGCCACUUCAACCUGGUGUCACAUGACACAGUGUCCAUGCCGUACCAGUGGGAGUACCCCUACCUGCUCAGCCUCCUCCCUCUGCUCUGCAGCAGCCUGUCACUACCAAAGAACAAUAUCAGCUACCUGGUCAUAUCCAUGAUUAGUGGAGGGCUGUUCUCUGUGGCACCUCUUAUUUAUGGUGGUAUGGAGAUGUUUCCUGUAGCACAACAGCUUUACCGCCAUGGAAAAGCCUAUCGCUUCAUUUUUGGCUUCUCUGCAGUGACUGUAAUGUACCUCAUCAUGGUGGUUGCUGUUCAAGUGCACGCCUGGCAGUUAUAUUACAUGAAGAAACUAUUAGACUCGUGGUUCAAUGCCACUCAGGAGAAGAAGAAGAAAUAA